CGAGGAUGUCCGCGGUCGACUUCUGGCGGCAGCAAGUCGUCCCGGCGCUGCCGCCCUCGCCCUCGCCGCCGUGCACCGCUCCGGGCCGCGACCGGCACGGCACGGGCAACAGCGGCGACUGCUGUGAGAACUCCUGCCUCGAAGAGCGUGACCCGACCGAUCCCGUGUAUGCCCUCUACUCGCUCGUUGUCGUAUGCCGCUCCGCGUGUCUCCCGAUGCCGCCUCCGUCGCCGCUCCCACCCGCUCCGCCCGCGCUGCCGCCCGCGCUGCCUGCGCCGCCGUCGCCGCCGCCACCGCCGUCGCCGCCGCUGCCCUGCACAGCGGGCGGGAGUGACGUGUGGGCGACGGGAGAGCGGGUUCCCUGCUGCAAGCCCUGGGUAGAGCAGUUCGUGCCCCGGCCGGGCCACAAAGGACCGCUCCGCCUCAUGUGCUUCGAGCUCGGACACGCCGGCGCCUUUCUCGACGCCGCCGCCGCCUUCGCCACCACCGCGCCGCUGCCGCCGCUGCCGCCGCUGCCGCCGCUGCCGCCCUCUCCGCCUUCACCGCCAGCGCUCUGGCCACUGCCUCUGCCGCCGCCGCCGGUCCUGCCGCUGCCGCCGCCGCUGGUGCUGCCGCCACCCCCACUGCCGCGGCCGCCGCCGCCAUCGCCGUCGCCGUCGCCACCCCCGGCGCCCCCGCCGCACCCGCCCGGCGACAGCGACGUCGAGACGGCGGCGCCGCCGAUCAACUCGGGGACGCCGCUGCAGCACGUGUUUGGCGUGAGAGUGGACGUGGGGUACUACGAGACGGUGACGUGGCUGGAGCAGCAGCCGAUUGGCAUCGCCGCCUCCCUCUUCCUCGCUGCUGCAGCGUGGGCCCUCCUCCUCGCCGCCGGCUGCUGCUGCUGCGCCGUGCGGCCGCGUAGGCCUCCACAUGCCUCGUCGCGACGGGCGCCAAGGUCGGCCGGCCGCCGCCAAAACUCGCGCGAGGAAGCGGCGAGGAGGGAGGAGAGGCGGUGGGAGCGCACGGCGCUGCAGGCGGCGGAGGCGGCGGAAGUGGCGGCGGAGGCGGAGGCGGAGGAGGAGGCGGCGAAGGCGGAGGCGGAGGCGGAGGCGAGGGCGGCGGCGGAGGCGAGGGCGGCAGCGAGGGCGAGGAGAGACGCCGCGCCCGCCGCCGGCGCCGAGCGACGUGGGCUAGGCGCUGCUCGCCCGUACGCCGUAACCGUCCCGAACUCCGCCUUUGGUUUGGACGCGGCGGACGAGGCCGCCUACUCCUCCAGCGGCUGCUCCUCGGUAUGGUCGGAGCGACACGCUCCCGCCUAUUCAUAGCCGCGCCUGUUGUUUGUUUCUGUGUGUAUCCGCGCUCUUGGCGCGAUUACGAGAGGGACUAGUGUGUCGCACUUGGUAGCUUUCGUAAAACAUUUCCAAAUUCGGA